UCGUGCUCUGACACGCCCGUGGGUGUUCGUGAUGAAUUAAAAGUGAUACCUGAUGAUAACAUGACUGCAAGCUCGGUGCUCCCUGGUUUUCCAGCCAAAGAUGGUCGCCUGGCCGGAACUGGUGCCUGGUGUUCGCUAACAAAUGGUAGUGACACUGAUCCAUAUCUUGAAAUAAGCCUGGGUAAAAGCUACGUAAUAUGCGGCAUCGAAGUGCAAGGAAAGCCUAAUGCUGCCGAGUCUACAAACUUUACGCUCCAGUCUUCAACAAACGGAUCAAACUUUAUUGAAGUUGACUCAGGGCAGGUAAAUAAUUGAACUUUAAUUUUUAUCAACUUGUUUCGCUGGCGGGUUUUUCAAAUUGGUUUUAUGUAAACGAUUUGAAGAUAUCCAUAAUUUCUGUCGAGACUGGUCAGAAUUUAAUGUUUUAGACUGUCAAUAUCCACCUUAAGGUGGGCUCAAAAUAUUUUUCUUGAAUUUGCGAAAAUACUAUUCCCACCGACCAGAGAUCUUAUAAUUUGAUCUUCAGAUCAUUUAAUUAUAUACGCACAAAAGCCGUUUUUUUUUUCUAGCACCGAGGUCAUAGCUGGACUUGAUAUUCAAUAGUCAGCAUUACUAAUAAAGCUUUUAAACCAACUUAUAUCAAAGUAGUAUCACAACACAGCAUAGCAUUGCUAUCGUUGUCUUUAUACGUUUUCUUUUUCAUCGUAGCUUUUGUUUUCAUUUUUUUUUUGUCUUUGAAACUCUGCACUUUCCUCAUAUGAUAUUUCAGAGUAGGAAUUCCUUGGAAUUUUUCGAAGUGGUAAACGCUACUUUCAACUAGAGAAUUCCUAGUGAAAAUACAAAGUUAUUUUUCAUAGACUUUUUCCCUUGGUGUUGUCGUCCUGAUUACUAGGUCCCUUGCCGCUCUCAUUACGAUUAUUACUGCCUCGAAGCUAAAGUCGAUACCUUUUGCCUUUGACUUCCUUGUGUUAGCAGCCUACAGACUUGAAUUCUUUUAGGUCCCUAUAUUGGGUGUCUAUUAACAACCGAUUGUUAUUAAUGAGUAUUUAGAACUAAAACACGACAUGUGAAAUGGUUUCGAAUUUUUUUAAAAACUGAGAAGAGAAUCAAUAGCUUGAAUUUCCCUUAAUCCUGUUUCUUUUCAUGGAUUUUGAAGUAUUAACGUUUUCGGUACGUUUCCAGACCUUUCAUGCCUCUUCAGCUGGUGGCGAUGUCGCUACAUUCCAUGUCCUGGCAACAAACGUAACUGCAACACAUCUGCGGUUUAAGCCAGUUUCCAACGUUACAUGCCUGAGAGUGGAGAUUUACGCUGUUCCAGGUAUGUUCUAUAGCGAUAUGAUUUUUGUGGAGAUUUACGCUGUUCCAGGUAUGUUCUAUAGCGAUAUGAUUUUUGUCAUAAUGAUAAGUUGUGUAUCACAUGACGAUUGCAGUACGAAAUAGUCUUUAUAAUGUUAGUGGAGACUAGCGAAACAUAAGCUUAACACAAGUGUUAUUACCGGGGGAAACGGUAACGCAAAAAUCAACAUGAGUGCCCGAUAGGGAAAACUAUAUCCUGCGUAGAUGGUUGUUAAGGAGCAGUUUUCGUUAAACCAGAUUUGGGAGAGAGGGUUUACGAAAUAUCUUAUUCCACGCUACUCACUGAGGAAACAGCAUGAUACGUCCUAUUUAUUUAUUUAUGACCCGGUUUUGCUGUUCAGUCAAGAAAACGCGGACGCCAUUCUUAUUGCUUCGAUGCUUUUAGGUUUUGUGGCUCAACGUUUCGACUGUGUCAUUAAACUAACUCCAAAAUACACACAACGACCAAUCGGAAGAGCUAAAAGUGCCAUAAGGAGCCGAUGAGAAAUUGGAAACGUAAUGACACGGAGACAGCCUGAAGGGCGGAAAAAUACCAGUUAUCAAGUUACAAUUGAUUGUAUUUUUGUCUCUGCUUGAUCGAAAAGAUGCACGUGGUGUGCGUUUUUAAGACUGAUCGCAGAGCAAACUAUGACAAAGUCGACUCAAUCCCAGAUUGAUCUUGACACUCAACAAAUCUUUGAAACCAACUAUAGCUAAGGUGGCGCAGGGGAGAGGAGAGGGGGGGGCUGAUGAGGAAGGCGGUCUCAUCAGGUGGAGUCACUAGUUUUCGAGUUUAAUAUUUGGGAAUCGUGAAUUACGAGAUAUCGUUUAUAAUGACUCAUGAAUAUUGAAAUAAAAUUGGGCAGGAAUCACUGCUCUGCAGGAUCAGAUGAUUCUUCGAUGAUGACGUUCAUUCUGAUCGUUUUUUUUAUUUUCAUUCCUUUAAUCUCAGAGAAUGUUACCAUCAAUUGCCAGGCGUCCAACAUCUUGAUAGAAAUUCAAAAAUCAUUAUUUAUUGAUACUGAAUUCGCCGCGACUGACCUGGCUCUCAAUGACAGAGACUGUAAUGCUGCCAAUGGUUCAAACACUUUCGACUUUGACAUUAUCCAUGGGACAUGUCAAACUGCGCUCAAUUACUCAAAGGAUGGCGAAAGAGUAUUUUACCACAACGUUGUCUUCGAUACUAAAGCAGAUCCGGACGAUCCCGAAUUUAACAUAAUUUGCACUUAUUCAAGUAAG